GCUUCUCUCUGUGUGUCACUUGUUGAAAACAAAGUAAAAUAAGAGGAAAAAAAAGAUGUAUUGAAAAAGCAAGCGCCUUUACCAAGGUAUGUGUUUGAUAUGCAAAGAUUUUAAGGACUUUCACAGACAUGCUGUACAAAGAGACCAUGUUACAUCACAUGAGGAAGCAGUAAAAGUAAAUAUUAAAGUUAAGUGAACAGUACCUGUAAAAGCUCAUUUAGAGAAGGAUGAAGACCAUUUUGGAAGAAGAAAAACAUUAAGAAUUGCAGCAAACAAGGUGUUUCAGGAUGAUUUUAUUAUAUCAAAUGGUACAUUUCAUUUUAUUUGCCUCAGUUUCUGGUGAAUGUAUGACCAAGCUGUUCCAAGAUACCUACUUUCAAGGAGGAGACAUUGCUGUUGUUUCCACGCCCAGUGCCAAGCACUGCCAGGUGGUCUGCACCCACCAUCCGCGGUGCUUGCUCUUCACUUUUAUGGCUGAAUCUGAAGAUCCUACCAAGUGGUUUACUUGCACCCUGAAAGACAGUGUUACGGAAACACUGCCAAUGCUGAAUAUGGCGGGAGCAAUUUCUGGAUAUUCUUUCAAGCAAUGCUCACACCAAAUAAGUGCUUGCAACACAAAUGUUUAUGUAGACCUAGACAUGAAGGGCAUGAACUAUAACAGCUCUGUUAGCAAGAGUGCUCAGGAAUGUCAAGAAAGAUGCACCAAUGACAUGCACUGCCACUUUUUUACAUAUGCAACCAGGCACUUUCCAAGCAUCACGCAUCGCAACGUUUGCCUAUUGAAGUACACCCAAACAGGGAUACCAACCAGUAUAAAGAAGCUCACUGACGUGGUGUCUGGAUUUUCACUGAAGUCCUGUGCACUUUCUAAUCUGGCUUGUAUCAGGGACAUUUUCCCUACAACGGUGUUUGCAGACCGUAACAUUGACAGUGUUAUGGCUCCGGAUGCCUUUGUCUGCCGUAGCAUUUGUACUCACCAUCCCAACUGUUUGUUUUUUACCUUCUUUUCUCAAGAGUGGCCAAAAGAAUCUGAAAGAAAUCUUUGUCUGCUUAAAACAUCUAAUAGUGGAUUGCCAAGCACACGCAUUAGGAAGAACAAAGCUUUUUCUGGUUUUAGCCUACAAAACUGCCGGCACAGCAUCCCAGUGUUCUGCCAUUCUUCAUUCUACCAUGACACUGAAUUCCUGGGAGAAGAACUGGACAUUGUUGGUGAGAACGGGCAUGAAGCCUGCCAGAAAACAUGUACCAACACCAUCCGUUGCCAAUUUUUCACCUAUUCUCCAUCUCAAGAAUCUUGCAACGGAGGGAAGGGUAAAUGCUACUUAAAACUUUCUUCAAAUGGAUCGCCAACUAAAAUACUUCAUGAGAGAGGAAGCAUCUCUGGAUAUACCUUAAGGUUGUGUAAAAUGGAUAAUGCAUGUACAACCAAAAUCAAGCCCAGAAUUGUUGGAGGAAACAAGUCUGUUCUUGGGGAGUGGCCGUGGCAGAUAACUGUGCACAUCACAUCACCCACCCAGAGACACCUGUGUGGAGGCUCCAUCAUUGGAAACCAGUGGAUAUUGACAGCUGCUCAUUGUUUCAACGAGGUAGAGUCACCUAGAGUUUUGCGUGUGUAUAGUGGCAUUUUAAAUCAAUCAGAAAUAAAAGAGGAUACAUUUUUCUUUGGGGUUCAAGAAGUAAUCAUUCAUGAUCAGUUUGAAGCGGCAGAAACUGGAUAUGAUAUUGCCUUGCUGAAACUGGAAACAACCAUUAAUUACACAGAUUCUCAGAGACCCAUAUGCCUACCUUCCAAAGGAGAUAGAAACGUGAUGUACACAGAUUGCUGGGUGACUGGAUGGGGGUACACAAAAUUAAGAGACAAAAUACAAAAUACUCUCCAAAAAGCCAAGAUACCCUUGGUGACAAAUGAAGAAUGCCAGGCAGGAUACAGAAGCCACAAGAUAACCAAUAAGAUGAUCUGUGCAGGCUACAAAGAAGGAGGGAAGGAUGCUUGUAAGGGAGAUUCAGGGGGCCCCCUGUCCUGUAAACACAACGAGGUCUGGCAUCUGGUGGGCAUCACAAGUUGGGGUGAAGGCUGUGCUCAAAGGGAGCGGCCAGGUGUCUACACCAGAGUGGUUGAGUACGUGGACUGGAUUUUGGAGAAAACGCAAGAAGCCUGAGAGUGUCCCCAGAGGUCACUGGACUCCCUGAAGGGUCACCCAGAUUAUUCCCUGGAAGAGGGUUUGGAUUUCCCUGGAGAGCUGCCCCUUCAUCUUCCUCCAUAGGUGAAGAAUCAGAGACAGUAACAGACUAGAGGGGCUUGGCAUUGGUAAGAACACACCUAGAGGACAUAAACAGCCAUUCUCUCAACUCCCAUCCUGUGACCUUCAGAGCCUGUUCUCAGCAUCCAGACUCUUGCAUUUUGGUUACACCAUUCAGCCCUACAGAGAUUGAAAU